AUGAAACGAUCAGCUCCUCCCACAAACGGUUCGAUAUCGCCUCCGCCAAUCAAACGCAAGGUCGAGUCAACCACGACCAACAAGGCUGUGGCAAGCUUCUUCAAGCCAACCUCUCAAAAAGAACCAGAGAAGUUGAUUUGGCGGACUGUCAACAACAGUUUGAUUGUCGGUCGCUAUGAUCUACCAAAUGUGCCGCCACAGACGAGGACACUCCCUGUCAAGGUUGCGGCCUUCGACCUAGACGACACAAUAAUAGUUCCGAAUACAGGAAGUAAAUGGGCUCGUUCGGCUACUAGUUGGAAAUGGUGGGAUUCAUCGGUGCCCGGACGCUUGAGGCAGCUCCAUGAUGAAGGCUAUCUCGUGGUGGUUAUCAGCAACCAAGGGAACAUUAGCCUCAAAAACAACUCCAAAUCUCUUCAGAAAGACACUGCUAGUCUCAAUAACCUCAAACAGCAGGUUGGAUCAAUUUUUCAACAGCUCGACUUUCCCAUCAGCAUCUAUGCUGCGACAGAUCAAGAUCAUUACCGAAAGCCAAGGGUAGGGAUGUGGCAGGCAAUGCUCGAGGACUACGAUCUGUUGGCGGAGGGCGCAGUUGAUAUGGGAAGCUCAUUCUAUAUCGGCGAUGCUGCUGGACGUGAAAAGACCGACAAGCGUCGAAAGGACCAUGCUACCUCAGACAGGGACCUUGCAGCAAAUAUUGGCAUCAAAUUCAUGACUCCUGAAGAGUUCUUUUUGGAUGAGUCGACUGAAGAGUAUGAACACGUUUUUGAGCCAACCAAGCUCCUUGAUACCGUUUCCUCUGCCAAUGAGACGAAGAAGGAUGCUGUGACCGCGCCCUUCACCAAGAGCGGCCCUCAAGAAUUGGUCAUCCUCUGCGGCUCCCCCGGAGCUGGAAAGAGCACCUUCUACUGGGACGUGCUGCAACCACUAGGAUUCGAAAGGGUCAACCAAGACAUCCUCAAGACGCGUGACAAGUGCAUAAGGAAAGCAAGAGACCUGUUAGAUGCAGGGAUGUCAGUGGCUGUGGAUAACACCAACGCCAAUGUCGAGACUCGAAGGUACUGGGUAAAUCUCGCACGCGAAUACAACGUCCCUAUCCGUUGUGUUCGCUUCACAGCUUCAACUCGACUAGCCGAGCACAACGCUGCCGUGAGAGCAUUGAAUCCAGAUACCAUGAAUCCCGAAAAGCGCGACAUGCUUCCUGGGGUUGCAUUCAAAUCGUUUGUGCAGAGAUUCCAAGAGCCUACAUUGAAGGAAGGGUUUGAGGAGAUUUACAAGGUUGAUUUCGAGGCACGUGAAGCGAAUGCUAUUCGCGUCCCAAAUAAAUGUUCAAGUGCUGACCUCAACCCAACAGUUCAAAGGCACCGAAGAGCAGAAGAAGGUCUGGUCACGAUACUGGGUAUCAAAAUACUCGACAUGAUGCAACCUCGAGCUCCUUUAACUCUGUCGCCUUCCUCGACACCCCCACUCGCUAUUCAUGAUCACACCCUUCACACCACAGGAGCUACACAACAGAACAUUCUCUUUCAAUGUUAG